AAACAGAUAAGAAUAAUGUGACCCGAUAUCAUUGUUACAUGUUAGUCGAGGUAUUUUCACUAUAUUAAUUUUUUCACGUUUCUACUCGAGAAAAAUUGUAUUUUUUCGUUACCGACUGUGAUUUAACGCAUUGAAGAAAUGUACAGUAUGGAAAAAUGCCACCACAUACAAUAAGGAUAACCGUGGUGGGAGAUGGUGAUACUGGGAAGACGUGUAUGUUGAUAGUUUAUAAAGAUAAGAAAUUCGAUGACAGAUACGUACCUACAGUAUUCGAUGUUUAUUCCAUGAAUAUACCCAUAAAUGGAGUUGAAUAUAAAGUUAUACUUUCAGAUACGGCGGGUCAAGAAGACUUCGACAAAUUGCGUAGAUUAGCUUACAAAGAUGUAGAUUGUUUUAUCGUAACUUAUGCUGUAAACGAGAAGAAUUCUUUCGAAAAUGUUUUUUUGAAAUGGGCCCCGGAAUUGAAACGGUUUUCCCCGAAAGCGAAAAUUAUUCUGGCAGGCACUAAAAUCGAUUUGCGUAGAAACUCGACGUCUCAUAUCACCACCGAACAGGGAGAGGAAUUAGCGAGAGACAUAAACGCGAACGGGUUUAUUGAAAAUUCUUCGAAAACUAUGAGUUUCAUAGAUGCCACCUUCGAAAUGGCCAUCACGGCUGUGUUAUACAAUAAAAAUUAUCUUAAAGUUAAAAAAGAAUCCUCCUGUAUAUGUUUAUAGGAUAUUAAUAUAUAUUAUAACAAUUUA